GUGGGACUCAUUAAAGAUUGAACCAGAGAAGUCACGUGUGUUCUCAGAAAUGGCUGACAACUGCCACACUUAAAACACAGCUCAAAAACUUUGGAAAAAAGGCAGCAAAAUGGAGUUACCUUUGGAUGAGGAGGAUGGUACCUUCACCAACAUUUCUUUGGCAGAUGAUUCAGCAGAGCAUCUCUCAAGGAAGCGCUCUUCGAAAGUGGAAAGAGCCCAUUCUACAGUGAUGAAUGCCGACAUGGAUGCUGUUGAGGCUGAGAAUCAGGUGGAAUUAGAAGAGAAAACACGGCUUAUUAAUCAAGUUUUGGAACUGCAGCACACACUUGAAGAUCUCUCAGCACGAGUAGAUGCUGUUAAGGAAGAAAACUUGAAACUGAAAUCAGAAAACCAAGUUCUUGGACAGUAUAUAGAAAAUCUGAUGUCAGCGUCUAGUGUUUUCCAAACAACCGACACAAAAAGCAAAAGGAAGUAAGGGCUGACUCACAGAUGAUGCUGUUGUAUUGCUGCUGUCUUUUUUUGUUUUAACUGGCAUAGGCUACAUGAGCUAAAAUACCUUAGUUUGUGGCUUACUGGAUACUUACAGAUUAUAAACUUUGGUGAUAAACAGAAUUAAGAGCAUUAUCAUGGACAGGAGACAUAAGUUUGUGUAUUAAGCAAUGUGCAAAUGUAGUGUAGAUAAUUACUAAAUUUUGAUAUUCGUUUUACAAAUGAGCAUAUCUUGUUAAAAUUGGAUUCAGUUUGUCAGGUUAAACAAAGGUCUGCUGGCACUCUUUGAGGUCUUAGGGUAGAGUUCUUGACUAGCAAAGUAGGUUACAAUAUUGUAUUGAAGCCCUAUUUGAUAAAAAUAUUCAGUCUAAUUGCAUCACUUUUUUCAUGAGAUAUAUUUAAUUAUUGUGUAGUACUGUUCAUAGCUCUGCAAAGCAACUUAAAACAAGAACCUACAAACCA